ACGAAGUUCAUAGCACUGCAUAAACAUCGCAUCGAAGCUUUGAGACAUGAAACUGCUCAUGUGGAUAUUUUGCCUUAUUCUUUUUGUGAGUCACGGCGAGGGAGAAGAGACUCGGCAAAUUGGAGUGCGAUUUGUUCUCGAUAAUGUAUACCGAGAUUUAUUCACCAAAUAUCACAGGAACCAAAAUGCAUCUCUGGACGUGUAUCUACAAACGUUCUUAAAUACGGUCAACCUUUUUUUUCGUGAUCUAGAAAAUCCAAGCUUGGUGUUUAUCCUUGUUGACACUUAUAACAUGACGCCUAAUGAAAGCAGCAUAUUCCUAGCAAAUAAGAUAAGCCCUGAAGAGUACCUUUAUCGACUACAGGAGUUCGGAAUCACGCGGAACUUUCCAUCUGAUUACCUGAUUUUCCUACUACAUCCAUACCAGCUGCAAGCAAUACACGAAUUCAGUACUUCCUUCUUUGAUGGAUUUUGCAAUACCAGAGGAUAUGGAUAUGGCCAUGACGAUGCAAAAACAUUCAGUGGCGUGACAAUGGUAGCCCGUCAAUUUGCUCGCCUGUAA